AUGGAGUCGUCGGUAAUUGUCGCUGUUAGGAUAAGGCCUUUAACAAAACUGGAGGCCUUAAACAACCUACAGUGCCUUAUUCAGAUCCCUAAACCAGGUGUUGUCCAUGUGUUCGAACCGAAUGUUAAGAAUAACAAUGUUCGUGAGUUUCAAUUCGACCACACAUUUUGGUCACUUAACGAUGGAUCAAGUCUUGUGCCACAUGCAAGUCAGGAAUUUGUGUACCAAACACUUGGGCUUCCACUAUUAUUAAGAGCUUUGGAUGGUUACAAUGCAUGCCUUUUCGCAUACGGUAUGACCUCUUCUGGGAAAACAUAUAGUAUAACUGGACCUCCUGAUGAUCCGGGAAUAAUCCGGAGGAUUUCAAAAGACAUGUUCGAGGAAAUUGGGAGAAGAACGGAAUCCACUACAAGUUUUUCUGUUAAAAUGAGUUAUUAUGAGAUAUAUAAUGAACGAAUACGUGACCUCCUCUCGUCGAACUCUACUAGAAACGGGCUUGUAGUUCGUGAACACCCUGUAACUGGUCCAUACAUCGAUGGUUUGUUAUGUGAAGAGGUUUGGUCUGAAUCGGAUAUCAUAAAACGACUUGAUUUUGGGAAUCGUUUACGUGCUGUGGCUGCCACUCCUCUGAACGAAAACAGCAGUCGCUCACACACCGUACUCGUAUUAUCACUGACGAAGCGUUCAACUACUAAAUAUCUUUUAGGAGAUAUUGACAACGUGUAUAACAGUCACAUAACUAUUGUUGAUCUCGCUGGAAGUGAACGUCAAACAUCUACAUCUACUUUGAGUGGACGUUUUAUUGAAAGCUGUCAAAUCAACAAGUCGUUGUUUACUCUCGGGAAGGUAAUCACUCAACUUUCCCAGAAUAUUGCUUACAAGAAAAAGGCAUUUCCAUCCCCUGAACCACAUUCAGUUGUUCAGGAUACUUGUCCAUUGCUUUCAGUAACACCGUGCCGAUUGGUCAAUAAACGACGGGAUUUUGUUUCUUAUCGCGAUUCUUUACUAACCUGGUUACUGAAGGAUAGUUUAGGAGGGAAUGCAGUCACAGUAAUGCUGGCAACUGUCAGCCCCUGUCAAACUCAUUACGACGAAACAUUAAGCACUUUACGUUAUGCCAAAAAGGCGUCAUCUAUUGUCAAUUCAGCGAUGGUCAAUGAAGAUCCGAAAAGUCGAUUGAUUCGUGAAUUAAUGUCCGAAUUACGUAUCUUACGACAAAAAGCAUCCUCAAUUAUGUUUGAAUCUGGAACAUGUCAAGCUUAUGAGGCAGCGAAGCUUAGAGAAUUAAUUUCCAUUCGUGAAGAUGGUGUCCUACAGUUGCGAAGGAAGCUAACUGAUCGUCGCUCGUCCACUGGGCACCGGUCUAUCCGAGCUGUUACAUCUGAAUUAUGUAAAUCAACACAAACGUCAGACGUUUAUCAAAAUGAAGCGGAUACCGGGUCAAGAACACUCCGAAGAGCACUUUCUACUCUUAAUUGUACAAAUACUAUUCCAUUACGUUUUCAUGGGGAUAAAGUGAACUUCGAAGACAUAGAAAAACCGUACGUACAAACUGCCUUACCUAGUUCUUCUGAAGUUUCUACUUCUGUUGGCCAUUCUUUGCUGUGUAGUCCUAUGACUCAUUGCCAACUUGUUGACCAGAUUGCCAAUUUGAAUUGUACAUUACAAUCUGUACAAGAGUCGGAACUCAAUCAAAAGGUCAUCAUAUUGCAAGAAAAGUUACUAGCGCAAACUCGGUUACUUGAUAAUUUCAGACAGGCCUUUGACAAGUUGAACCGAGAAUACCAAGCUAUAUUGCAAUUGUUUCCUCAUUUGUUGAAGAAAGUUGCACACAUGACCUUACCCGACAAUGAACUCGGCGAUAAAACAAGUCAUUUGAAUACGGAGCUACGUUCGAUCUUUCCCUUGACGGAUACUUCAGUUAACCAACUUAGACAUACCGUUUCUACCUAUGUACCAGGAAAACCCGGAUGUGACGCAUCUUAA